UCCUGUAGUGUUAAGAACACUAAAAGUUCAGUGAUACCCAUUAAUCACAUGCUUAACCAUCACUGGCAGUGUCCUCAGUAAUGUUGAAGGAAUUUACACAGUUGUUCAGAGUGGGAGUGGAAGAGCGGAAUUAGUUGGAUUGCGUCUCCCAUGUGAAAUAUGAUUCUUUUUGUGUGGUUGUGUCACACUGACUUACUCUGGCUCUCCCCGCAGAAAAACGGGCAAGGGAAGGACUGCGUGUUCACGGAGAUCGUGCUGGAGAACAACUACACGGCGCUGCAGAACGCCAAGUACGAGGGCUGGUACAUGGCCUUCACGCGCAAGGGCCGGCCCAGGAAGGGCUCGAAAACGCGCCAGCACCAGCGGGAAGUGCACUUCAUGAAACGCCUGCCCAAGGGCCACCAGGCCUCCGAGCAGCAUAGACCCUUUGAGUUCAUCAACUACCCUUUCAACAGAAGGACUAAGCGCACCCGCUACACCGGAGAGCGAUAAAAGGCCAAGAGAAAAUCAACCCCAGCCAACGGAAAAAACGAGCAGUGGACUCCUCCUUACAGACUUCUUAUGAUAUUUUGUACCGCAAAAUUAAUAUACCACCUAGUUGUCUAUAAUUUUUCAGAAAAGGAAAUGGAGAAAGAAUUAAAUAAUCUAUUUUUGUACUCACUUUUUUUAAAAUGGACUUGUGAAAACAGAGCGAAGCACGAUAUUCAUCAAGGACGUGUGUGUUGAGUCUCAGUUAUGUUUCAUAAAUUUUGUUUUCUUCAAAGCAAAACUUUGAUGGUUUAGACGAGUUGCUGCAUCACACCUGCUGCUCAUGGAGUUUUGGGGAACCUGGCAGAGAGCACUGAAGACAGAUGGCGCCGUUUUAUUUUUGUACAGAAGUUUGGCAGAUUCUAAUAGAUGGACCGGGUGCCAAGGCCAAGUUGCUAAGAAGCUGCUUUCCAUGUUGUGAAGCAUCUCUUUGGGGGAAUCUCAGUGACCUCAGUGGAUUCUGGUUUAGUCUUUUCAUUUUCCAAAUACAAGCACAACUAUAAAAGCUGUCUGCAGCAUGAAAUUAACUUAUUUGUUCUGUAAACAGCAUUACAAAAGUAAAGGCAUCUUAGACAACCGUUUUAAACAUUUAAAACGCUAUUCAAAAAAUGGCAGCUACCUUUUGAUAAUCUUGGACUUCCUACCAUUGGCUUAACAUUGUCUGUAAAUUUGAGGUUUUAAAACACUGUUUUCCCAGGUUGGAGUGUAGGAAGUCCUUUGGUUCUGUUGUUUUUAUUUUGUUUUUUUUAUAUAUAUAAACCUUUUAUUGGAGGAUUUGUGUAAAAAAUAAUUUUAA